UUUGUUUUUUUCUGUCAUUUUGUGUCUUUUUUUUUGUAUUUUUGUCUCUUUUUUUGGUCAUUUUGAUACUGCCUCCAGCGGCCCCCAGAGAUCAACAUUAUCUCAAAAGGGGACAGUGAUGAACAGUGUCCCCAAUGAGCUCAGGACAUCUGUGUGGAGAGUGCAAUGAGGUCACACUGAGGAAGGGACAACACGUCCAGCUCAACAUAAUAUGAUUUCAUUGACAUCCUAAGUGGGACCUCCACCGUUAAUGAUCGAGCUGAAAUGUCGUGCUGAGUAUCUCAUUGCGCCAUCAUCUGCACCGUAAUGACCUGCGUGAUGGGACUGUCAACAUUGACUUGUUUCCUCUCAUAUGGGCCAAACUGCUGUAAAAGACAAAGACAGCCAGUCCAUCAGAGAGCUGUAAACAGGAAAAUGCAAGUACUGGAUAGAGACAGAAGACUGUUGAGAGCAGAGAUAACCAGCAGAAAACAGGACAGAGCAGCUGAGGUUCAGGAACAAACCGGACCAACACAGAGACAAACCCUCCAUCAGGUCUCCAGCAUGCGUUCCCUGGUGUUUCUGCCUCUGCUGCUGUGUGCAGCGGUGUGUGUGGUCCAGGUGAGGGCAGAGGUGAAGGCGGUGAAGCUGUGCGGGAGAGAGUUCCUGAGGGCUGUCGUUUACACCUGCGGAGGCUCCCGCUGGAGAAGAUUCCUCACUGAUACAGAUGUGGACGGGGAGCAGAGCAGCUUGGAGAGCCUGAGCAGCAACAACCCAGGCUCCGAGUUGACCAAACGGGAUAUUAAUAACAUACUGACCACCGUGUGCUGCCAGGUGGGCUGCAGGAAGAGCGACCUCACCUUCCUCUGCUGAGGCCAAGCCCCUACCUCUUUUCUUCUUCUUCUCUCCAAAAUGACUCUGCUCUCUACCGUCUCGCAAAUCUGAAUCACAAUAUUUUUGUUUAAAAACAACAUGAUCGCUCUAUUGUAUGUACAUGACACACUUUUUCUUAUUGCUUUUGAUAUUUUUGUGAGUUAUUACUUUAAGGUUUGUAGUUGUGAAUGUGGAUCACGUCUGUGAACAUGUUUCUGAACCCGAGCUGGAAGAUAUGUGUAACCAUAAAAAUAUAUUUUAUUAUAAUAUAAAUGGACCUAUAAGAAUAAGUUAAGGUGCAUGCACUCAGGGACUGUAUCACUUUCCACUCAGACUCUGUCUUUGUGUCCUGUAUGUAGCCAUGAAUCCACAGGGUUGCAGGUCUGUAAUAUUCCCAUCUCUGCUUUAAUGUAUUUACAGGAAACUUGAGCUAUAUUCUAUAAUUUUGCUAUUUUUUCCACAAAGAAAUGUUCUUGCACGGGGCUUACAUUCUGUUUUAGUUGUAACAUCUUUAUUAAAAUUGCUCUCCUGAACACUGGAUACUGAACAAUUCUUCAGCACACUUAGAGUCAAUGAAAGGACUGCAGAUUCUUUCCUAAGUAGCUGGAACAAAAAGCCAGACCUGUCGACUUGUGCAGUUUUUCACUAAUAGAUUGUAUAUAAAAUUUUGAGUUUGAAAAUGCUAUACAAAAUUCUUGGAUGAGCCCCAAUAAGAUCAUCAAUAAGA